GACACAUGACCGACAUCUACGGAGAUGGAAUUUGAUUGUACCCCAUGUGUGUGUACAACCAGCUCGCAUUUAUUGGUGUUCAGCUGCAGGAAAUUCUCAGCCAGAAAUUCAUUGAUGAUCUGUGCCUGCUGCCUGCUGGACUGAGGGUCACAUGUCAGGCUACGAAGAUCAUCGGCAUGAGCAAGGGAGCCCAUAUAUAUGCCCUCCACGCUCACCCCUGCAUCAGUCGUUUCAGCAAGCCAUCUAUCAGCAGCAGGAAUUGAACCACCCCGAACUAAUGCGUGCAAUUAGAGGAAUCCGUGAGAAGUAGCAAUGAACCGCCAGCAAAAAGGAUGAGAUCAUCCCAGACCACGACCACGGCCACGACCACCCCAGAGAAACCAACACCUGAAAGGAGAUUACCACAGGAGAUUACCAACACUCCAUCUACCAACGUGGCCAACGCUACAUCGCCUGGCUCACGUGCAGACUACACAUGCUACACGAUUCGUGGGGCUGAUGGUGUUCUUACAGUAGUGACAAAGAUGGAACAGAGCAGCCAGGACGCAUUAGCUCAGGUAUAUUCUAACCGCCUCCUUACUGCAGCUCAUUUUUCUCUUAAAUUGUGGGAAGCACCAGCGUUAGUCGAAAAGAAUUGUUUGCGCCUCUUGGCAUGUCUAUUCCAUGCAGCAUUAAAGGAUUACAGCAUUGAAUAUGACGCGGCUGAACCCCAUGAGGAGAUGCGGAAAAUUGUGCCAAUUUCAACUGUUAUCGAUACAAAAGAUGAGGAAAUAGCAGCGCACGAAGCAGAGAAAGCGAGGCUGGAAGCAAAGAAUGCGAGGAUGGAAGCAAAGAAUGCGAGGAUGGAAGCAAAGGUAAAAGAGUUGGAGCGCCAACUGGAAGCAGCCAAGAAAUAGCUAUAGUGGUCACUAUCAUCCCCUAGUUUGAGAUUCUGCUUUAUGGCAUUGCAUGUUUCCUUUCAUUCAUAUCUAUAUUAUACAUUACUUUUAACUCACCUUUUAUUUUUUUUGCUGUCCAUUCUCAUCACCACCAAAUA